AUGAACCAGUGGGACGACCCCGAGGCGGCCGUUGUUGCCAACAAAGAUCUUUACGAGAUCCUCGGGAUUCCCAAGGAUGCAAGCGACUCGCAGAUCAAGCGCGCCUAUCACAAGCUUGCAAUGGUUCACCAUCCGGACAAGCGAGCGAACAAUCCUGAAGGAUCGGACGACACCUUCAAGCAGAUUGGAUAUGCUUACAAAGUCUUGUCCGACUCGGAGAAGCGAAAGAUCUACGACAUGGGAGGUGCACAGGCGCUGGAGGAAGAGGAGGGGCUAGCAAACAUCAACAUGGACCACUUGCUGCUCAACAUCCUCAUGUGGGAGAGCGGGCAGAAAAUCUGCUUCCUCUGCUUCCUGUUUCUCAUCGUGAUGGAGUGUAUCGUCUUGCCGUUGCUCGCGGCGCUGCAGGUGGCCUGA